UGGCGAGCUUUCUGAGUUUUCUAGCCGAAGCCCACCUCGUUUGAUGAGCGUGGAGGGACGGGGGGGACUUCACGGUGUAGUCGAUUGAUUUCUGCUAUCGAUGGCGGAUCGCCGCAACACGAAGCUGCGGAUUGCGCUCUGCCACCCCGAUCUUGGCAUCGGUGGCGCAGAGAGGCUGGUUGUGGAUGCUGCCGUGGAAUUGACUGCCCUGGGACAUCAUGUGCACAUUUUUACAGCACAUCAUGAUCGGAAGCGAUGCUUUGAGGAGACAGUUGAUGGGAGUUUUCCUGUCACAGUGUAUGGUGAUUUUCUACCUCGACACAUUUUCAAUCGAUUACAUGCUGUCUGCGCAUAUAUUCGUUGUGUCUACGUUGCAAUCUGUAUGGCCCUCUUGUGGCCAAGAUUUGAUGUCGUUUUCGCUGAUCAAGUUUCAGCAGUCAUACCCGUCCUCAAAUUGAAGAGAGGUUCCAAGAUCUUGUUCUACUGCCAUUUUCCAGACCUACUUCUUGCCCAGCACACAACUAAGCUUCGCAGACUGUAUCGAGCACCUCUGAAUUGGAUAGAACAGACGACUACUGGCAUGGCGGACUGCGUUUUGGUGAACAGCGAAUUUACUGCAUCCAUAUUUAGCUCCACGUUUACACGACUUCAGGCGCAAGGAUUACACCCAGCAGUGCUUUAUCCUGCUGUCAACGUACAUCAAUUUGAUACCUCUUCAAAAAAUCCCCCUGAUCUCUCGUUCAUACCUGGGCUUCCAGCUGAUGGGCAUACCUUUCUGUCCAUUAACAGGUUUGAGAGGAAAAAGAACAUCGCUUUGGCAAUAUCAGCUUUUGCGAUCCUCGUGAGACAACAAGAAAAGUCGCAGUCAACUAUGGUGCCCAAAGAACUUGUUCGCUUAGUCAUUGCAGGUGGCUAUGAUCAGCGACUGGCAGAGAAUCGUGAAUAUUUGCAAGAGCUCAAGACGUUAGCUACAGAGGAGGGGGUCGCCGACCUAGUGAUCUUUGUACCAUCGUGCUCAACGUCACAAAGAAACGCUCUCCUGGCGGCUUGCAUCUGCGUUCUUUACACCCCUAAGAAUGAGCAUUUCGGCAUUGUGCCUCUGGAGAGCAUGGCUGCCCAAAAGCCAGUUGUGGCUUGCAACAGUGGGGGGCCUAAGGAAAGUGUUCAACAUGGUAAAACAGGUUAUUUAUGUGAAUCUAACCCGGCGAGCUUUGCUACUGCAAUGAGCCUUAUUCUUCAGGAUCCCUCUAGGGCAGAAAUUAUGGGCAAGGAUGCCAGAAAGCAUGUGGAGGAAAACUUCUCAAGGCAAGUGUUUGGUGAACGACUGAGCACUGUGAUUCAGGACCUUUUGAAGGACAGUUUGUAGCACAAGGAUAGCCGCUUGCAUAGAAAGUUUUUUGCAGAUAAUGUACGAAUAAUUAGAGUAAGGAGGAUAAGUUUUGAAUGGACUGCUGCUGGUCGUUAUCAAGUUUGAACUUGACAUAAUCCUUGCGCA